CGUAAGUAUUAUCCUGUGAACUCUCUGAUUUGAUCGACAGGUAUGGCAGCUCUAAAUACUCCCCAUGAAGAUGUGUUGGAAUGGGCACAGAAAGAUAAUCGUCGUUUCCUACGUGCAAAUAUCCGAGUUGGUGACCUUGAUCGAACCAUUAAGUUUUACACCGAAUUUUUUGGGAUGAAGGUGUUGAGCAGGGAAGAUUUCCCAGAAGAAAAGAAAUCAACUGCAGUCGUUGCAUAUGGACCUGAAGAGACUCAUUUUGUUCUAGGGCUCACACACCACCAUGAUGCAGUGGAGAAGUUAGACAUCGGAACAGCCUUUAAUCAUUUCGGACUUGCAACACAAGAUGUCUAUGGAACGGUAGAAAGAAUCCGAGCAGCAGCAGGAGUGAUCACUCGUGAACCAGGGCCGAUUGCAGAGGGAGGGAGGACAAUCUUUGCCUUCGUGAAUGAUCCCGACGGCUACAGCUUCGAGCUUAUCCUCAGGCCACCAACUCCAGAACCACUGUGUCAAAUAUGUGUCAACGUCACUGAUAUUGAUCGUUCAAUUGAAUUCUAUCAAAAGGCAUUGGGGAUGAACCUACUACUGCAAAAGUACGACGCCCCCCAGUUUCAGUAUACAAUUGCAAUGGUGGGUUACGGCUCCGACUUCACUAAGACGACGAUUAUCGAGCUGAAAUAUAACUACAAUGUGAUAGAGUAUACAAAAGGAAAUGGAUAUGCAAUGCUUGCUAUUGGCACUGAUGACGUAUACAAGAGCGGAGAAGCUGUUGAACUGGUUAACAAGAAACUUGGAGGGGAAAUAAUUCGACCCCCGGCUGUAAAUCCCAAAACCAACACAAAAAUCACUUGCUUUCUUGAUUCCGAUGGGUUUGAAACGGUAUUGGUGGACAAUCAAGACUAUGCUGACUUCAACAAAAAAAUCGAAGGAUGGGUAAUGAAGCGCAAUGCGUAGAGUUCAUCUGGGGUGUUUCUUGUAUGUUUCUAUAAAAUAGAGGGGGACUUUCAUGUAGCCUUUUUGGCAAAAGUUAUGAUCUUGCCAUCUCUGUUAGAGUAUGAGACCAUCUUCGGGUGCCAUUUCUACUAAUUCCACAAGUGUCCCUGUUACAGAUGAUAAAAUCAAGUCCCGCACACAACAGUAUGUCAAACAUUUACUUCUUUUCUGUUUGUAAAAAGAAUAAUUGCAUAUCCCUAUCUGACUUUGAUCGAUUCUCAAA